AUUCCCCUAAAACCAAAUCCUGAUAACUUAUAUAGCCUGACAGUUAGAAAAGCUAAUUACCCAAAAGUUACACAUUUUACACACCUCAAGAUUUCCGCAACAAAAGCUCAGUUUUUAAUCCGUUCCGAUCCUGAAAUUUCACCUCUUCUGGCAGUAACAGGAGCACGUUUCUCCUAAGACCAAAUCCUGAUACCUUACCUUUUCUUACAUUAAAAGGAGCUCAUUUUUGUAAAAUUCUCCUCCUUCGACGCCGCCUCAGGACCAGACGUGGUGUCCCCUCUUCGUCGCCGUGGUCAGUCUUCGCCGGGGGGCAGUUGGAGCAACUCACUGGCCGGCUCAUGUCUGACAGGUAGCAUAAAGCGUCUGUCCCUGUCCAUAUGAUCGGACGCGAUAGCCAGCGAAGAACGCAGGGCGAUCAGUGACAUAGUGAGGAGCACCCUCGGGAGGUUUGAUACUCCGAGGUCGCGGAGGGCCCACGCGCCCCGAUCACGAUGCCUUUGGCCGUAAAAUACGGCUUCUGGCACCGCUCCAAGAGCACGUCGCGAAGCACCAUGUACUUCUCGCCCUUUGCCUCCUCCACACGGCUUAGCGCGUCGCCAGAUUCAGAUGCCACUGCAAGAUCUAGUACAUGUACCUCAUCUUGAUUAGUGGCGACUAUGUCCGGUCGCAGCGUUUGCCCAUCGUCGGUCCUUAGGGGGAGCUCGACUCUAACUGUGUACCCGGAAGCACGGAGACCGGCGGCAAGGACCUCGACUCAAUCGCUGUGGUGCUUUAUAAUCUUUUCUUUACUCGACGGGCAUGUGGACAGCACAUGGGAGAGAGAUUCGUUGCUAGCCCCACAUCUCCUACAUUCGGCUGGCAAACUAUUGUCUGCUCUCCUCAUGGCCUCCCUCGUUCCCAUCGAGUUGGUCCUUAGGCGGAUGGCCUGGACAAACGGGACUCCUGACGGAUCAGAUGAUCGUCAGAAAGCUACCGGUUGCCCACCAUUUACAAAAAGUUUGUUUACACCAAUAGAUCUUAUUUACCACACAGUAGAAAGUACGAACAGGAGCGUAGCCUAUCGUGGAGACAUAGGAGUCACCUUAUCCGGAGGAAAGAGGAAUUCUUUUCGCCCAUUCCAGACACCUUACAUUUUCUGGCAGUAAUAGACCAUUUCUAAUUUUUUAAAUUUCUAGCAUUGCGGGCAUUUUAUAAUGUACAAUUUUACUAUUGUUGGACGUGUUUUCUAAUAAAUAAAUAAAACGGCAUUCAAAAUUAAUUACACGCACUUUUAGUAUCGGGUUUUCUUAAGCGUCCGUUAAAUGUUCAACGGUUCUUUAUUAAAAAGAAAACAGGAUUGAAAGUCGAGAAAAGCGACCGAUGUUACUUACGGCGGAGAACAAUACCAUUGCUGUAUUCCUUGCUGCGUGGCAUCACCUGCAGAACAUGGCCGGGUUGAAAAGUGGCGACUUAACUGAGUCCUACCGCGGCAGAAUGUUCACCUCCUUCGCCGGCGUACGUUAUGCCCAGCCUCCCAUCGGCGAUCUGCGUUUCAGAGACCCGGAACCGAUCAAAUAUUACUCAGCGACGGGGCGUAAGAUCGACUGCCUCGAGGUCGACCAGUCGGACGGCAAGGUCCUCGGUCAGGAGGACUGCCUUUUCCUCAACAUCCACACCCCCGAUCCAUUCACGAAGACCGGGCUGCCGGUCUUAGUUUGGAUACAAGGCCAGGCUUUCGCACAGGGUAACAACAAAGUGAGUGAUUUGUACCCGUACAAGCUUAUGGAUUACAAUAUGGUCGUCGUCACGAUGAGUUAUCGGCUGGGUCCGCUUGGCUUUGCGAGUAUGGAGAAGGCUGACUUUACAGGAAACUACGGACUCAGGGAUCAGGCCAUGGCUAUAGAAUGGAUCAUCAAGAAUAUCCAUUUGUACGGAGGCAAUCCGUAUAACAUUACACUCGCCGGUGAAGGAGCAGGGGCGUCGUACGUCCUUCACCACCUCCACGGCGAAUUUUCCGGCCGGAUCAAGAAGGGGAUCGCGUUCGGCGGGUCCAGGUAUGCGCCGUGGGCCAUCUCCAAGAAGAAGACGGUCGGGAAUCGUACUUUAGAACUAGCCCUCGCCCUCGGCUGUGUCGACUUCAACCCUGACUGCUUGAGAUCAGUGGACGCGGUCCGACUAGUCAAGACGGCCUACAAACUCCAGAAACAAGGCUCACUGUUCGCCCCUCUAGGUAUGAACGUGCUAUUCACGUCAUCCUCGUUGUGGAAUCAAAUAAUGUCCCACUAUAAGACCGUCGUGGACGGAGUCACGGUGAAAUCCUACCCUUGGAGACGAGUCGAGCCAAAGACUAGCUUCUCCCUGCUCAUUGGUUUAACCGAAGACCUAGGGACUGUCAUCAGAUCAUUCUUCAGUCGAAACAAUUGGUCUGAAGAGACGGCUGAGAAAGUUUACAACUCGUUUUAUGACCCUGACAGGAUCAUGGGCAUGAGGCGUGCUUUCUACUAUCGGUCGAUCCGUGCGAAGUUGAUCAAUGUGUACAAAGGAGGAGGAGCGAUGGAAAAGCUUGAGAACAUCACGGCCGACAGUUGGUACUUCAUGCCCGCGAUGGCUGAGGCCAAGUUCCACACGGGGCCUUUCGAGGCUUUCAUGGUCAAGUUCAACAGGUACCUUCCGGAAUUGAACUGCGAGUUCAGGGUAAGGGCGCCGUUUCUGACCUCGUUCGAAGACUGCCCGCCGUUCGACAACGUUUACCAGAGGGUCGAGGACGAGUCAGUCCAACUCGUGGCGGAUUUCAUCCACGGAAGGAAGCUCCAGUUGAAGCAGCACUCCGAAGACAAGAACAUCUUCUCAAUAACGCAAGCCUUGCACACACCAGUCGCAUUCGAGGAGGUCGACGAUGGCAUCGUGAAUAGGAUGAGAAUUUGGAAUAGUCUAUUCCUUUAAUUGACCCAAUUCAAGCGAAAAAUGACAUGAAAAUACAAUUUCAAUGGCAGCAACAGGAGCAUAGUUUGUUCCAAACCAUAAUCUUAUCUUAAUACUUUUUAUUAUCCAGAAUAGCAGGAGAUCGUUUAUCAUACAAAUAAUCAACCUGGGAAGAAACCUUACUUGUACCACCCCAAUAGUCUAGGAACAACAGUAGCACCACCUGAAUCCAUCGAAAUCAUGACAUUCUCGUUAAAUAAGAGCAUUGCUCUCAUAAACGUGAUACUAUUACUGUUCGGGCAUGUCGCACUUAAGAAAAACGCCCGAUUUUUUGAUGCGCAAUAUACCCCGCGUAUUGCAACCGAUUUACCAAUCACAACCCUCGUCCCUACCCUUUUCCCAAAAUUUCAUCCCUCCAUGUCUUGUUCCUUUAUCACUCACACAUUACUCUUGGUACGCCCUGAGCAGCACGAUCCUCUUCCGGAUUUUCUUGUACAGCACCUAUAUCUUUUAUAAACUGUGGUUUAGUACUGUCGUCCGAGCUGUUAAAUGCGUCAAGGUCUUUUUCUUUUACUCUUUUGGGACGUCCCAGCUCUUAAAUUUGUAUGGACGGUCUUUUUCUUAUACUCGUGGUAUAUCCCAGGAUAAAAUAAUUAAAUCAAUCCAAGGCGCAAAGUAUCAGGAGGUCAGGAGAUCAACGGUAAUUAUCAACCAGAUCCCAAAUGAAUUUCAAAAACUAAUCUCCAGGAUCAAAUGCACAGCUUAAUCACAAGCCUAAGCCUCAGCCGCAGGAGGCCGAUUCGAAUCCUGAUAAAAGUUGCAAUAGUGCAAGUGUUCAUAUGGAAUACUUGCAGUAUCCUGAUUCAUCUGUAGUCCCCAGAGGAGCAUAAAAGUAACAGGAGUUUGUUUCAAACAAAUCCUAAUCCUGAUACUAUUAUUUAUCUACUAGCUACAAGAAGUCUUGUUAGAAGGAAGAAAAUGCUUUCUAAUCAACAGGAAUGGGCAGGGAUUCAACCUGCCAGUGAGUAACGGGAGAUCAACUGCAUCUGUCUCUCAACGCCUUACUCAACAUGUGCAAUCUUAACCUAUACGAUGUAUUUAAAUUAAUU